AUGGAUAAUAGAAAAGAUUUAAUAAAUGGAGGCUCAUUGUCGUCUUGCUCAUCUUUUGAACUAUCUUCCGGACCUUCGCAUUCCUCUCCUUCCUCUUCUACUUCGAAUAUUAGCCAUAAUGAACCAAAGAUUUGGACAUUAAACAAUUUUGAUAUUGGAUGUGGACUUGGUAAAGGACAACUUGGACGUGUUUAUCUUGCAAGAGAGAAGACUAGUGGAUAUAUUGUCGCAUUGAAAGUAAUGUCUAUAUCAGAAAUUAUUGAUGCCAAGGCUGAAAAACAAUUAAGAAGAGAAAUUGAAAUACAAAGUAAUAUAAGACAUCCAAAUGUUCUACGUCUAUAUGGGCAUUUCCAUAAUGAAACACACGUAUUUCUAAUUCUUGAAUAUGCAGCUAAAGGAGAGCUUUAUAAGCAGUUAAAACAAUGUACUAGAUUUACUGAAAAACGCGCAUCAAGGUAUAUUGCUCAAAUGGCAGGUGCUUUAGCUUAUCUUCAUCAAAAGCAUAUUAUACAUCGUGAUAUCAAACCUGAAAAUCUUUUAUUGGGUUCAAAUGAUGAACUUAAAAUAGCAGAUUUUGGUUGGUCAGUACAUGCUCCCAGUCAAAGACGUAGAACAUUUUGUGGCACAUUGGAUUACCUUCCACCAGAAAUAAUCGAGCAUCAAACUCAUAAUUCAAAAAUUGAUCUGUGGUCUCUUGGUGUUUUGUGUUAUGAAUUAUUGUCUGGCUCUCCACCAUUUGAGGAAGAAACUGGCUAUCGUGCUACAUAUAAAAGAAUUAGGAAAGUUGAUUUUAAAAUGCCUGGACACAUUUCAGAAGAUGCUAAGCAUUUAAUUGGAUCGUUUAUAAAAUAUGAAAGGAUUCUGGAAACUUAUGGUCUUAUUUAUGUUUCUCUUGAUUUACAAGAGAAACUAAUUCCUUUACAAAAUGUUAAAGUGAUGCAAAUGAUUACUCAAGAUGUAAAAAUUUAUGAAGCUGCAGCAAUUUGUGAUUUUGAAGCAGAAAUUGAUGGUAAAUAUAAAGUUAAAGGUGUUGAUGUUUAUUUGCUUGAAGAACAAUUAUCAGAUGUAUUCCAAUGCUCAAUUGGAAAUCUAAAAAGUAAUCAGACAGUAGUCAUCAAAAUCACUUAUGUUGCUGAACUUGAACAUGACUCAGAGAAUGGAAAAAUAUGA